CGGCACCAGGCGGCGGCCGCAGCGAGGCCGUGCCCAGCGCAGCGGAGCGGGGCGCGCCGCCCCCGCCGCCCCCGCCGCCCAUGGGCCGCAGCUGAUCCGCGCCCGGCUCCCGGCCGCGCCCCGGGGCACCAGCGAGGCGGGCGGAGCGACCCGGCCGGCGGCCACCCCCCCCCACCCCCUUCCCCCGCCGCUCCCUCCCCGCUCCGCGGCCCCGGAGCCCUCGGCGGCCUCCGCCGGGGGUGACGGCGGCGGCGGCGGCGGACUCGGGGCGCCCUCGCCCCUGCGGGCCCGGCGGGGGGAGGAUGCCUGGGGCGGGGAUGGGUUUUCGCCCGUAGCUCCCCGCGCCCCCCCGCUUCCUUCCGCCCCCCUCUCGCCCUCCCAGCGGGGGCGGCGCGGCCCCGUUCCCCGCGGGGGGCUGUCGCUCGGCUCCCUCCGGCCCGGCGGCGCCCACAUGGGGGGCAAGCAGAGCACGGCGACCCGCUCGCGGGGCCCCUUCCCGGGGGUGUCGACGGAUGACAGCGCCGUGCCGCCGCCGGGAGGAGGGGGGGGGCCGCCCCCCUUCGGCCAUUACCGGGCGGGCGGCGGCGGCGGCGCGAUGGGGCUGCGCAGCCGCUCCGUCAGCUCGGUGGCCGGGAUGGGCAUGGACCCGGCGGCGGCCGGCGCCGUCCCCUUCGGGCUGUACGCGGCGGCGGCGCGGGCGGCGGGGGAGGCCGAGCGGGCCCCGGGCGGCGGCGGUGGCGGUCCGGGCUCCGACUCCACGUACGCCCAUGGCAACGGUUUCCAGGAGACGGGAGGCGGUCACCAUAGAGACGGGAUGCUGUACCUGGGCGCCAGGGCCUCGCUGGCCGACGCGCUGCCCCUCCACAUUGCACCGCGGUGGUUCAGCUCGCACAGCGGUUUCAAGUGCCCCAUUUGCUCCAAAUCUGUGGCUUCUGACGAGAUGGAAAUGCACUUUAUCAUGUGUCUGAGCAAACCUCGCCUCUCCUACAACGAUGACGUGCUGACCAAGGAUGCCGGCGAGUGCGUGAUCUGCCUGGAGGAGCUGCUGCAGGGGGACACGAUAGCCAGGCUGCCCUGCCUCUGCAUUUAUCACAAAAGCUGUAUAGACUCAUGGUUUGAAGUGAACAGAUCUUGCCCGGAGCAUCCUUCUGAUUGACCCGCCAGGCGUGCUUGCUGACUUCUCUUUAAGGGCACCUUGCUAUACCUGCUGUACCUCCUCUCCCUGUCCCCCCCGCCCCGCCUGGAGUUUUGGGCUGACUUUAAAUUCCUCAAGAAGACAAAAAUAAAACCCAGAAACUUGAAUCCACUUGGGACAACGGCGCAUUUUUUAUUUUAUUUUAUUAUUUUUAUUUGUUUUGUUGGGGUUUUUUUUGCUUGUUUUGUUUUUGUUUGUUCGUUUGUUUUUGUUUUUGUUUUUUUUUUUUUUAAUUUAAAAGAUAUAAAACUAAAAGAAACAUCCAGGAGAAGACAGUGUGAGAAAAGCGGAGCGACCUGCUCUCUCCUCCACAGCCGCUGGUCACCAGGAGAGCUCUGCCCGCCCCAGGGAGGCCCCAGGGACGCCCUCGGCCGACACCCUGCCAUGAUGUUUGGCUUUUCUCCCCGAACCGAAAGGGGAAAGCUGCCGGGGGACAGCCGGCCAAACGGAGCACGCGGCAUUUCUCACCGGCAACCCCCCACCUCCCACCCGGACUCGCCCCGGGGGCUCUGCUCGGUUUUUUUGCACUGACUAAACGGGAAAUUUCUCCUCUCUCCCGUCUCCCUUUUGGAGAUCUCCACCCCGGCCCCCCGGCAGCGUUGAGAUGGGGACUCUGCCCCACGCCGGGAGCGGGGCCACUGCUCCCCCCUGCUGACUCGCAGGGGUCCGUCUUUCAAGUGUUUACAACGAGAAAACAAAAAAAAAGGAAAAAAAAAGGAAAAAAAAAGAAGAAAAAAAGAGAAAAUGGACAAAAAAAACCAAACAAACAACAAACCACAACUGAAGCUUUGUGUUGACUGGCGUGUUCUUCGAUUUGAGCUUCCCUGCCCCGGUGAUGUUUACAGACUGGUCACUCUUUAACUCAGCUAUAACCACUCAGAGACUGGAGAGCCGCAGCAUCCCCGCCGCCCCUCCCGCGCCCCCUCGCCGGGUUCCUCUUGCCAAAACCGCCCCCCCUCUUUCUUUUCCAUCGGCUUUGAGUUGGACCCUUUCGAGGAGGGUAUGGGGAAGGCCCCGAUGGGCCCCCGGAUGCUCCCGGCCACCCCUGGUCAUGGGAGUGGCUCUGCUGGAGGUGCCAAGAUGGAGUCAUUUCAUGGCAGUGACCCCUCCCCUGCCCAUCCCCGUCCCCUCCUGGCGCGGCGGGCGCGUUUUCGUUGGUGAGACCUCCCCUGCCGGUGGCCGUGCCCCUGCGGGAAACCUUUCUGUAUUUAUAUAUUAAAAAAAAACGGGGGAAAAAAAGAGUUCGGAGCUUGGGGGGAGCUUCCUUCAUUAGUCAAGGUGUUUUGAUAUGGUAUUAAAACAAUGUUCAAUAAAAUAUUCACUGUUAUUUUA